AAAAGCCAGAAAGCUUUUAGUAUAAGCUACUCUUUUCCCUCUCCUCUCUCAAAUCAUGUUUAUUCUUCAAGCUUCAUCUUGGAACAUGUUGAAGAUAGUGGCAUUAAUUCUAAUUCUUCUAUUCCCCACUUUAGUAUUUGGCCACACACACAGGACCGGCCAUGCCUGUGAAUCUGAACACACACACGAACACAAUGAUGAAGCAGUAAAGUACAAGCUAGGCUCCAUUGCUUCAAUUCUUGUUUUUGGUGCUUUGGGGGUGAGUCUGCCACUGCUAGGCAAGAAGACACUCAUGCUAAGACCAGAGAACGAUAUCUUCUUCAUUGUCAAGGCUUUUGCGGCAGGGGUGAUUCUAGCGACUGCCUUCAUUCACGUACUACCUGAGGCCUUUACGACCUUGACUUCACCAUGCCUAAAUGAAAAUCCGUGGGGCAGAUUCCCUUUCACAGGCUUUCUUUGCAUGAUGUCUGCCAUCGGAACAUUGAUGGUUGAUGCAAUGGCAACUGGGUACUACAAAAGGUCAAGCUUGAAGUCAUCCCAGGUGAGAAUGGAUGAAGAGAGCAGAGUUGGUCAUGGUGCCACACAGGGUAGUAAUGCUCAUGACUCUGAAGAAUUGAGAUCAUCAUCAAAAUUAUUCAAGCACAAGGUCAUUGCGCAAGUGUUGGAGCUGGGAAUUCUAGUCCAUUCAGUUAUAAUUGGAAUAUCAGUGGGUGCAUCCCAAGACACAGAUACAAUAAAGCCUCUCCUGGUGGCUUUGUCUUUCCACCAGUUCUUUGAGGGCAUUAGUGUUGGUGGCUGCAUCUCUCAGGCGCAGUUCAAGUCUCUGUCUGAAGCCAUAAUGGCGGCAUUUUUCUCCCUCACAACCCCUAUUGGAAUUGCAAUUGGUAUCGGAAUAUCAAAUGUUUACAGUGAGACUAGCCCAACUGCUCUAAUUGUUCAAGGGACUUUGAAUUCAGCUGCAGCUGGAAUUUUAAUUUACAUGGCUCUUGUUGACCUACUUGCAGCAGAUUUCAUGAGCCCUAGAAUGCAAGGAAAUCUGAGGAUUCAAUUGGGGUCAUAUAUCUCGCUUCUUCUAGGGACUGGCUGUAUGUCUCUCUUGGCAAAAUGGGCUUGAAUUUUUUAGCAGCUAUCAUAUUAGGUUGCUGUGAAAUUUUUUUUCUCCAUUGCCUUCAUUUAUUUUGAAUCUUUGUGUAUUGAUUUCCUUAUCUUUGUAAAUGAGUUUGAUUUUUUCAUGUAUUGAUUUCCUUUACAAGCACGGACACCCCAAAAA